GACUGUAAACUGGAGAGAAUCUUCCAGAGUUUCAGAGGCAGUAAAUCCUCUUUUCAUAACAGUCUGUGAUCAGAACCAGUUUCCUGCUCAGAUAAAAUGCUUCCUGUUUAGGAUGAUACUGUGGAUAUUAGUGUGUCAACAUCGAGUGAGAGUCAUUUAAACGUCAUAACUUCAUUCUAAGGACGAAGCCUGUUUUUUUGCGCGUUUGGAUUUAUAACUUUAAUGUUCCUCCUCCUCCAGCCCGGGCUCAGAUGACAACACGUUGACUGCGUUUGCAUCUGGAAGCUUUAUUUGUCAUCAGAAUAAUCCGUGAGUGUCCUGCAGGAUAAUCUGCAGAGGUCCUGCUGCAGGAGGCGGAUGAGUGGGCAUGGAGAUGUUGCGCCGCUCCUCUGUGUUUGCGGCUGAAGUGUUUGACCGAUCGCCCACCGACAAGGAGCUGGUGUCCCAGGCCAAAGCUCUGUGCAGAGACUACAUCCACUCCAGGCUGAACCGGGCCGGGAUCGGCUGGUCUAAACCCGAGCACGGACUGGCUGCAUCAGGUGGGACUCUGGGAGAGGUCUCUGGUGUCCUGCUGUGGCUGGGUGAUGAGUUGGAAUAUCUUCGUCCCAACGUGUAUCGCAACGUCGCCCGACAGCUGAACAUCACAGUAGCUUCAGAGAGCAUUGUGUCUGAUGCCUUCCUGGCUGUCGCUGCAGACAUUUUCUCCACAGGUGUGACAUGGGGGAAGGUGGUUUCCCUGUACGCUGUGGCAGGAGCUCUGGCGGUGGACUGUGUUCGCCACGGUCAUCCUGCUAUGGUCCACACCAUUGUGGACUGCAUGGGGGAGUUUGUCCGCAAGAGUCUGACCUCCUGGUUAAAGAGGAGAGGAGGCUGGGCAGAUAUGACCAAAUGUGUGGUGAACACUGAUCCCAGUUUCCGUUCUCACUGGCUGGUGUCUGCUGUCUGUGCCUUUGGACACUACCUGAAGGCCGUCGUGUUGUACCUCCUCAGGGAGAAGUGACAGUCGCACACUGGACCCAGCAGACGGACCUGCACUGCACACCACCACCACUGAAGCAUCCACUGCUUUGGAUUAUGUUUACACUCAUUUGCACUGAGCCUUCGUUGAUGAACACCUAUUCAUUUCACAGAGAACAAACUCUCCUCGCUUCUUUUUCUUCUAUUUAUUGUUUUAUUGUGGCACACUUUUGAUGUGAGGAUAUAAAAUCACAUUCUAUACAUUCACUUACUGCAGAACUGCCUAUUGUUGCUGCCUGGUUGACAGUGAUUUGGCUGCCUCUAGUGGUAACUGAUGUACUGUACAUUUAAAGGUCCCAUAUUGAAAAUCUAUUUUUAGUGGGGGGUUUUUUGUGUGUCUUUAAAACCUGGAGGUGUUAAAAAAAAAAAGAAAAAAAAAGUGAGUUUAUGAAAAUGUUUACUGCUGCUGUUCCUCUCACCCCUCCCACCUCAGUUAGAUGACCUCCCAGUUUUACAGUCCGGUUAGAAUUUUAUUGAGGUAAUGUGUAGAAACCAAAAGUCAGUGAGCUAAAAAUCUGCGUAAUCCUUCAAAUCCUGGCUGCUGCUUCCAGGUGAACCAUUCAUAAUGACCUGCCUCAGUCCACCACAAUUAUUUACUUCCUAGAGCUGCUUCUGCUGUCACGAGCAAAACUCACCAAAUGUUCUGUUACUGGCUGUAAGAGUGAAUACAAGUCUUCAUGCACUCCCAGCAUCUUGGCAGUGUCCCCACAACAAUAGGAAAAUCAUUAGUGUUAGCAUGUUGUGUGGUUAACGUGGCUAAUGUCACCAUUAGCUUUGAUCAUAUGUCCACAGGUCAGAGCUUUGUGGAAACUUUGAGAGCAAUUUGAAACCGUUAAACAAAGACUGAGAGGCUUUCUGUGUUUUCAUGGUGCCUGUUGUGGUCCAGUGUAUAUGUGCUCACAGAUGCUGUGUUCUAAAACAGUAGAAUUCCCAGUGAAGCUGUUCUCAGUUUUAUGUUCAAUGAAUGAAAUGCAGGUUAUUUGAACCAUAUGUUAGCCAGCGGUCACUUCAGAGUCAAUUACAAUCUGCAUCACUAAAAUACUGACUUCAUAACCGUAACGUCAUCUGACAAAAUCGUCAUACACGAGUUCAAAGCAGCUGCUGUGCCGUUAAUUUGGCGAUAUUCCUUUGUAAAAUGAUCGCACAGAGAGAAAGUCUGAAGUGAUAUAAAGUCCAGUUCUUACACAUUCUUUCAUGCUGGUGUUGACUUUCAUGUGGUCAAAUGUUUUGCUCGCUUGUGAUCACAAAGGCAGAGAGAGUCUUCUUCCUGAAGGGGGCGUGGACAGCAGCAGUUAAGCCAUAUUUAAAGCAACAGACACAGAAACAGUCUGUUUGGAACAAGGCUAAUACCAGGAGUUCUACUGUCAUGGUGAAAGAAUCUUCUUUACACAUUCUGGGAACAUGUGAGACUUAUAUUAAUUUGCUGAAAAGCGGCACAAUAUGGGACCUUUAAAAGUCAGCUGAGAAUAUUCCUCAGGAUUCUGAGGCAGUUCAGGAGGACUUGGGGUGUUAAUGUGUCUCCUUAUUUUCUUUUUUCACUCUUCCUUCACAUCUUUGCUCCUCCAAAUGAGGAUGUGAGGAAGUAAACACCUGUAUCUUUUCGCUGUAAUCUCUUCCAGAAGCCUCCUUACUUCUUGUCUCCUUUAGGUCCAUUCCGUUGAUUAGAAAAUCCUCGGAACUCCAGAGGAGGAGCAAUAUUCAGAGGAUGGAAGUGGACGCAAGGGAGCCCAAAUUAACAUGAUGAGCACCUUUUUUUUAAUUUUUUAUUUUCCUGGGUGUUAUAUGGAGCCCAAAAGAGUAAAACAUGCAAAUUUUUCUCAGACUAAGGGACUGUACAAAAAUGGUUAUUUGGUGAGGUUCAGAAACAGGGAAGGUUUCUGAAUCUUUUGUCUGAAUAUUUCAGGACAGCAGUUAUAAAUACAUAUUUGCAACUUGCCCUACUAAUUGGUGAAGUAAAACCAUUUUUCCUGAAGUUCCAUUAAUUGGGAUAUGAGAUGUAAUUUAUUUAUGCUUUUUGUCUUUUAGUUAUUAUUAGUAGAGAGAGUUGCACUCACUGCUUUUACUUUGUGUUUGAAAAUUAGUGGAGAAUAUUUAAGUGUUCAAGUUAAUUGGAAGAAGUUUUUUCAAAAGAUUCGGAAUAAGCUCCCCUCACUAAACUAAUGCUUUAUGUAGAGUCCCUAUUGUGUCAUUUAAUGCAGCUUUUCUCCACCUUUGUUGUUCACUGUGAGACUGUGUUAAAUUGCUGCUCUUUGCAGUGAUGCAAGUUGCAGCAUGUUUUCUAUGAGCACUUUAAUAACAUUUCAUUUUAUGGGUAGAAUAUGUUCCACAAAUAAUUUCACUUUUAUAUGGCAUGUGGCACUACAAACAAAACCAGUAAAUGUUUGUGAGUCAUCUGCAAUGUACAUAUUAAUAAAUGGUUGUUACGACAA